UUUGACAGGAGUGGACAAUGGCAGUGAAUUUGGUUCGUGGAACCCUCCUCAGAUUUGGGAGACAAGGGGGUUAUGUUGCCCUUCAGAGACGAGGCUUUGCUGAUGCACCACAGAUGGCUUUUACUUUCGCUGCACCAAAUGGGGUUUAUUACAACAAUGCCAACGUGAAGCAAGUGGAUGUGCCAUCUUACAGUGGGAGCUUCGGCAUUCUGCCAAACCAUGUGCCCACACUGGCCGUGCUCAAGCCUGGUGUCAUCACUGUCAUUGAAAAUGAUGGAAGUCCAAAGAAGUUUUUUGUCAGUUCGGGCACCGUCACCAUCAACGAUGAUUCAUCUGUGCAAGUGCUGGCUGAGGAGGCGGUAAAGGUGGAGGACCUGGACCCGAGUGCAUGCCGAGAGACGCUGCACUGGGCACACGGUCAAGUGUCGUCCGCUGCAACGGACGAAGCCCGAGCGGAAGCCCAGGUCGCUGUCGAAGUUGCCGAAGCACUCGUCAAAGCUUGUGAAUAACUCCUGAUGCUAUAUUUACUUCUUCUUCCGUACGGCUAGUUUUCAAUGGUUGAUCAUCUCAUUUGCAAUAAAGUUUGUUAGAUGUC